AUGGCCGAGCACGUACAGGUCAUUCAGGAAUUGAAGCAAUUACCAGACGGUGCUCACAUCUUCUGUCCUAGAUUGUCCGACAACCGGACCGACGACAGCGAUGAUCCUGGUCAAGAAGAUGAUCGUGUGCUAGAAGCGAGACAACGACGGGACAAAUUCUUUUCAGCACUACCUCUCCUUGCCUACGAUGGCCCCGAAUGCUACGAAUACCACCAAUGGCUGUACAAUGCCAUGGACACACAACUCGCCAAGUGCGAAGCCUGUAUCAGACAAUAUUAUCUCGGGAAGAUUGCGUUCAAGGAACAACUGCUGCAAGAAUACGAUGAUGCCGAAGUACAGCAAUUUCUCAGCAUAAUUCACAGAAGAGAUUUAUCCAGAAUCAAGACCGGCCUCGACGACGCAACUGCAACACUCCAACCACUCCCUAAGGAAGAGCGAGGACCAAAGGCGCUAAAUAACAGACAGCUGUUUGCUUUCUUCGAAACCCUACAUUGUGAUGCCUUUUACGACAACGACGAAUUACUAAAAGCACAUUUUGACAGGCCUUUCAACCUCGUUCAAACACAUAGAGAUCUGAGGAUCAAGGACAUCCUACCUGCUGUUACCAAGUUCCUAUUCUCUCCCCACCAACACCGACUAAACUGGGCAAUCAAGACAUACCAACGACUUGGGAGACAUCCUAGCGAUGAAGAGUGGGACUGGGCCAUCAAGAACCUUAUCAAGCAAGAGCUAGAUGCCAUAAAGGACGACAUUGGUCUCGUCCGCUUUUGGGGCGCUACCAAGGUCAUCUGCGGAACAUUGAGUGACGAGCAGAUCACAAUCAAGCUCUUCGAUCUUGGUUUUAAUUUUGCUCGACUCUUCUUGGAUCAUCUAGCUAAGCCAACAGUUGCAAUCAGUUAUAUAAUCGGUACAUUGCACGUUGUUUGGACGAGAACACCUGAUGUAUACUGGCAAAACCUCCCUUCCGUCUCAGCUGGCACUGUUGCUGAGCAGAUCUUCGCGAGUCCCAAGUUCAACGAGGGCCUUGACAUUGGAGCGAAGGACGGUAAUGCAGACUUGCUGUCAUGGAUCGCACCCUUCCUGAACAGUUUGCCGCCUGCAAACCGACCUCCAGCAACUCGAACGCUGACCCAUCAACUUUUCAUCAGGGUCAAGUCCACAUCAACCUCGGAUCAAGCUAGGCAAUUGUGUUUUGAAUGGGCUGUCAGAGCAUUAGUUACAACCAUUAUCCCUUUCUCCGAAGAUGAUAAAAUCCGUAAAGCAACUGCUCGACCUGUUCUGUCUGAUGUUCUCACCCUGGUCAGCACACAUUUGCCAAACAUCCUCAGCUUCCAGUACACGCGCCCCGAUAACAAGAAAGACAAGCUCCGGGAUCUGAUCGUCACCUUGGUCAGGAACACUUUAGCGUUGGAUUGCCUUAUGCUCAAGACUGAUUGGGAAGGCAUUCACGCUGGCAAUCCUGUGACGAAUAGCAGCUCGCACACCCCAGAUCUGUGGCGGACAGUCAAUCGCCACCUCGAUCCUGACCGUUCUGAUCUUUCCCAAGCUUUGCUUAUCAGCACAAUGUCUCUGACGGGCCUUGAACAAUUCCCUGCACGAAACAUGACCUCGCACAAGAUAGAGAAGGAAUCCUUCAACACAAUGUUUGGCAAGGUAGAAGAUUUGUUGAGUCAAUGCAUCGACCAUCUAGCAGAAUUUCCAGCCGAGCAUUUGGAUCCCUUGUUCUCCCAUCAGAACACGAAUAUGGCUCUGAUGGCCUUAUUGUUCUCAGGCAACGACAGCAUAUACCAGGCGACCCUUGAGCUCAUCAAGAACAUCUCGAAUCAGUCGGGUCGAAUCGAAGCACUUCACCAUGUCACCAAAGCUUUUUUUGCUAACACAUUGUAUUCCACCUGCUGGGUCUUUAGAAGGAUCGCCAACCUUAUGCCCUUUUCACCAAUUCCUAGAUUACUCAAGACAGGAAAGGAUCUCAUGGAUAUUCUAUGUGACAAUACAGGAUUGCUUCGAGAACAAUCUCUUGUAGAACGUGAUGGCAAUGCUGUUCAAGCCUUCUGGCAAUACUGCUGGGGAAUCCUCACCACCAUCUUCCGUCGAAUGGAGAAGUGGUCGGUUGAUGUGGGCGAUAGACCUCUGAUGACCGAGGUUUGCCGCAACACUAUGCAGUUCGCGCAAGCACUUUUUGGCCACUACUAUCUCUUUGUCAACGUGCUCGAGCGAAACAAGGAGCCAGAUGUCGAUGUGUCUACGCUACUGCUUAACGUCGACGUCGAGUCGACCGUCGCAUCGCCGCCGAAGGCUCUGGACUCGAUGGUGAAGUGGCUCAGACUGAGAGAUCCAUACUUGGCCGAAACUCUCGUCAACUUGAUCAUUGGCAUGCUGAGACGUCUCAAAGAGUAUGGAACUCAAAUACCACAGGACGGCUAUGCCUUAACUUUCGUCGAAGAAGUCGCCGCUGGCUCGAAUGUGAAGGGUAGAGGCACUAAAACGAUACUCAACGACAACCAAAAAGCUGAGCUAGUCAGAGCACUCGAACAGUAUACCGGCAAGCAAAUCGCGAUCAGGACAAAGGCGCAGCUCAAAAAGCAACAACGACUUGACUCCUGGACAGACCCCAACCUAAAGCAAGAAGUCAAGCCUAAGCCUGAGGUCAUUUCCAUUGACGACGACGACGAUGACGAUAUCAAGGAUGAAGAUUUGCUAGAACUCGAGAAGGUUCAAGCCAUCCGCAAACAAGGUCUACCGAUGGAGAAGAAGGAACAAAAGCCACAGCAGCAAAAGAGACCUUCGAUACCUUCGAGGCCUGCCCCUCCGUCGCUCCAAGAACAGCUAGCGAAGAAGCAAGCUGAAAGUUCAAGGACCUUCAUCGAGCAGCGGAAGAAGGCUGAAGCUGAAGCAAAAGCAAGACAAAAGGAGCUUGCUGCUCGGAGAAAAGCUGGUGCUACGCAGACAUCCAAUGCUGGCUCCGGUCUCCGUGGUCUUGGUGUACCUGGAAAAGACCAUACCACACCACGCAGUGACCUGAUGGUCUCUUCUGAAUCGGAAGACGAAGACUCUGAGGAAGACGAGCUGUUUGGAACAAGCUCGAAGACUGCAACUGCAACUGCAACAAAUGGCAUUCGUCGCCCGGAUCGAGCUGUACCUAUGCCGACCAAGAAGGUGAAGCAAGUUCGAUCGGCUAAAGACAUGAGAGCACGACUCAGUCCAGAUCUGACAGGUUUGCACAAAACGAUUCUGGCUUGGGACUUUUUCGUUGAGACUGAUACACCUCCGAAUUCAACCAAGGAUGAUUACACUCUCGUCACUAACACUUUUCGGACAGUCGAGGACUACCAGAAGACUUUUGAACCAUUACUAGUGCUUGAAGGCUGGCAAAGCUUUCGUACUGCUCGAGAGGAUGGUAGCUUCAAGGUAUUUGAAGUCAAGGUCGCUAACUCUAUGAUUGUCGAUAACUUCUUUGAGGUCAACAGUACUAUAUCGAUGAAUGAAGGUAAGGAGUUGAAUCUUGCUCCUGCUGAUGUUGUCCUUCUCUCGAAAGGUAGUCGACCUCAUGUUGAGCCUAAUGAGCCGCAUUGUCUCGCCCGAAUCAAGGAGAUAACACGAAAACGUGGCGAAAUGCAGAUCGUCUACCGAGUGAACUCAAGCAACAACAAGUUACGUAACUAUCUGAACGACAAGGCCACUGUGUUUGCGGUCAACGUGCUCUCACUGACCCCAUUGGAGAGAGAAUAUGGUGCACUCAUGGCACUGCCAUACUACGAUCUGUCGGAGGAGAUCAUACGAGCCAAGCCAUCUCCGCUGCUGGCAUAUAGGGACGAGCAAGUCGAAGGAAUUCGCGACCUUCACAAUCUGAAUGUUGCACAGGCCAAGGCUGUCAAAUCGGCAGUCGAUAAUGAUGCAUUCACAUUGAUCCAAGGUCCUCCUGGGUCUGGUAAGACGAAGACAAUUACAGCCAUUCUCAGUGCCAUGUUGACUGGCAUGGCCUCGACCAAUGGUCCUAACACGUAUCGACCACUUGGUAGUGGAGGUCCGCCACCGUCAACGAAAAAGAUAUUGGUUGCAGCUCCCAGUAAUGCUGCAGUCGAUGAGCUGGUCAUGCGCUUCAAAGAUGGAAUUAAAGUGCCAGGCGGUCAUGUACAGAAAAUCAACGUCGUGCGGCUAGGCAGGAGUGAAGCCAUUAACACUGCAGUCAAGGAUGUCACGCUUGAAGAAUUGGUCAAUGCUCGACUCAGUGAAAACGUAGGGACCAACGGGAACAGAGAAGAUAUCCAUGCGGUUAUGAUGGAGCACAAGAAAGCUUCAGACGACAUGGUUGAACUCAGGCAGAAGAUGGAUGCCACUCGACAGAAGGGUGAACAAGUCUCUCCUGCUGAUGAUCAGCUGCAGGAUGGCCUUCGGCGCAAAAAGACAGCUCUGUCCGCAAAGAUCGACCAGAUGCGAGAGCAACAAAAUUCUGCUAAUCGAGACGCUGACAUCAAUCGUCGUCGUAUACAACAGGAAAUCUUGGAUUCUGCUCAUGUGCUAUGUGCAACAUUGAGCGGUUCCGGACAUGAGAUUUUCCAAGGUCUGAACGUCGAGUUUGACACAGUGAUAAUCGAUGAGGCUGCUCAGUCGAUUGAGUUAUCUGCUCUGAUCCCACUGAAAUAUGGCUGCUCAAAAUGCAUAUUGGUGGGUGAUCCAAAGCAAUUACCUCCAACGGUAUUGUCACGGCAAGCUGCCAAAUAUCAAUAUGAACAGAGCUUGUUUGCAAGAAUGGCCAACAACCAUGGGAAAGACGUGCACCUACUCGAUGUCCAGUAUCGUAUGCACCCUGAAAUCAGUGCUUUUCCGAGCAAGACCUUUUAUGAUUCGAGACUACGUGACGGUCCCGAUAUGGCACAGCUGCGAACACGACCUUGGCAUCGAAGCCAAUAUUUCAGUCCUUAUCGCUUUUUCGAUGUCGAGGGUAUGAGUUCGUCCGCUCCAAAAGGACGCUCACUCGUCAACGAAGCUGAGAUUGAGGCUGCUAUGGCAAUGUAUGACCGACUGACCACGGACGUGCCUCGGUAUAAUUUCAAGAGAAAGAUUGGUAUCAUCACACCAUACAAGGGACAGCUGAAGUCACUCAAACAACGAUUUUCCAUGCGUUACGGCGAAGCUAUACUGGGUGCCAUCGACUUCAACACGACGGACGCUUUCCAGGGCCGAGAGAGCGAAAUUAUCAUCUUUUCCUGCGUGCGAGCAAGCACCCAGGGUAUUGGUUUCUUAAAAGACGUCAGACGUAUGAACGUGGGUUUAACGCGUGCGAAAUGUUCUCUAUGGGUACUAGGAAAUUCGCAGGCUCUGGUUCAGGGCGAGUUCUGGAAAGCUCUAGUUGAGGAUGCCAAGGCUCGAAACUUGUACACCAAGGACAACAUCCUAAGACUUCUAAGCAGGCCACUUUUGACAGAAGAUAUGAUGAAGGACGACGUUGAAAUGGAAAACAUGGACGACCAACCUACCAAUGCAUUUGGAAAUCAAAUCUCUGAUUUUACCUCAAACCCUAACACGUCUGGAGCGUCUUCGAGAUAUGGAACAGCUACCCCUACCUUCGAUAGUGCACCUUCGAGACAAGCAUCCGCCGUUCCAUCCCUAGAAUCGGGCCGGUCUUCUCCACGAGAAGUCAGCAUAGCACAAACUAAUGGUGCAAAACAAGCCAAGCAGCUAGACACUGGGCCAGCUUCCGCUCGCGGCACACUUGGGCCUUCUAAGCCUGACUCGUUACCGCGACAAAGUUCAGGACAUUCCGCAUCAUCACUCAGGGACGCAAUACCGAGAUCAUCAGUACAACCCUUGAAAGCUAAUGAUCGACCUUUCACACCAAAAGAUCAAACCUCAGGUACAGGCACCAACGGUCCAUCAGGAGGUCGAUUUGGACUGAACGCAAACAUCAACUGUACAACAUGUGGGUCUAAUGCACAUUUCUCUCACAAUUGCGACAACAGAAGGGCGCGGGAGGCGUCACUUGGCAAGUGUAUGCGUUGUGGUGGAGUGGGUCACACGAAACCAUCUUGCACCGCUAGUCGAUGUUUGGCCUGCGGCGAUUUUGGACAUAUGGAAAGUGCCUGUACCUCUGACGCAAGUCAAAGACUUGGUAGGGAGAUGCGACAGGACGUGUCGAGACAAGAGGAUGAGCAUCAGAGAUUAUUGCAGAGAAGACGAGAACAGCGAGCACAAAAACAGCUAGGUGAGCAUGGUGCUAGUAUCCCAACAGUGAAGACCGAUGGGGUUCUUGUCGACCACAGCAAACGUAAAAGAGAUUCGGAACAUGACAGAAAUGCUGCAAAGGCUCCGAGGCUUGAAAAGGAGGUACCUCAACCCACGGCAGGCGACCCCGCGACACGAAGAACAUCGGAACCAAAAAUGACGAGACCAGAUCUGGGACCAAAUGGUGCUCCUAUUAUACGUAAGAAGAGAGGCGAAAGUGCCAUGUUUGCAAAGAAGAGAUGA